AUGAAUGUGACUCGUCACCACAGCAACAACGGGACGCCAAGCAAUGCGCAAUUGCUUGUAGGCAUAUCGAUUGUAGAGGAAUUUUGCCGCAGAAUAAUGCCUCCAAAGAAGAAGAAAGGGAAAAGUAAUAUCAAUAAGUCCAAGACCAAAAAUAAGAAAGCUAAUGAGGGGGGAAGUGAAUUGGAGGAGAAGUACAGGCGAAGUGCAUUGGAUGUAACAGUUCUGAGGGACCAUCUUGCUCUGCGAGGGGAUGUGGCACAGCAGGCCCAGUCCAUCAGUCAUGACCUGAGAUCUCGUAUGCGGGACAUGGAGCAGGAGCUCCAGCAUGAGAGACUGGACCGCAAAGACGUCAAUGCAGAUCUCACCCGUCAGCAUAAGACCAUGCAAACAGACAUGACGGUCAAAGUGAAAAGGCUGGGGGGCGAGGCCAUUUUGCUGCGAGAACAGCUUGCUCAGUGUCAGGAGGAGUUGAGGGCAGAAAGGAAAGCGCAUGAGCAGUUGCAGCAGGAGAAGGAUACCACAAUAGCUGACUUACAAAACAAACUGGACGACAUGGAGACCAAUUACGAGAAGAUUCUGCAUGACACUUUGGACAGUUUGACCUCCCAACUGGCUGAGGCUCGACUGCGGUGGGAGCAUGAGAGUACUGUUGUCCAUCAGGAAUACAAAGAGCUGCUCUCUGACUUUGGCUUGAACUCACUGGACAUCUGAAAGGCUCUUAUUAUGUAACCAGGGCCCGUAUUCAUAAAAUGUCUCAGGGUAAGAGUGCAGAUCUCGGAUCCAUGUCCCCCCCUUUCACCCCCCUGUCCAUGUACAUUUCAUUAUAAUCUAAAAGGCUAAAUGGAUCCUAGAUCAGCACUCCUACUCUGAUGAUCUUUAUGAAUACUGGCCCUGAUUACCACCACAUUGUGUCAUUGCUACGAUAAGACCAGGCACACCAGGGGCUCGUAUGUGUCAAGCAUCUCACAGUUGGAGUGUUGAUCUAGGAUCAGUUUUCUAUUUUAGAUAAGAAUGAAUAACAUUACAUGGACAGUGAGGACCUGAUCUACAACAGCACUCCUACUCUGUGACACUUGACACACAUUAUGGGAAAGUAAAUAGAUCGAUUCCAUGUGGAUUCGAAGUCAUUCAUAACGAGAAGGAAAACUUAAUGACAAUAAUGUAACAACCAGUGUUUGAUUAAUUUUGUUACUGUGUCUUUCGUGAUGUAUAAUACUUCUUAAAAUACUUCUUA